AUGGAGGACGAUAAGCCUAACAAUGCUCAUUCGUGGGCUAAUAUCGUUAAGACAUCGAGACCCAACACUCCACGAACCACCACAAACCCAGAAACAGUGAAUUUCGGGGUCGCGUCUAACCGAGAGCCCAUAUAUGAGGCUAAGGAGAAGCUGCAUAACCAUCACGAUGCCCCGAAUACAAUUCCUCGCUUCAAUGCCGAAGGCCAACUGGUCCAGGCUGUGGUUCCUGGAAUUGUGGCACCCACGGUAGCUGAAUUCGACGGCCUGGUGGCCUCCAUGAAGGAGACCAUUUUUCUACUUCACAAGGAUAUAUCCCAACGAAGUCUAGACCUAAUCUCAGCUAAGGCAUCUCUAGCCGGAAAGGAUUCACAGAUAAAGCACCUUGAGAAUAUUAUCCGAGAGCUUAAGAAGGAGCUAGGAGCAGUAACAGCUACGGAUAAUGGAACCCAUUAUGAGAUCAUCCGGUUAAGACUAGAGAAUGCUAGUCUUCGAGAGUCUGUCCACACUGGAAUCAUAAAUGUUGCCCAAGUGUACGGACCUGGCAGUUUACAGCACUUCGAAGAUAUUGGAACAAAAGGGGUAGAAGCUGAAGAGAAGAGGGUCGAUGAUUCUGUUAACCACCAUCAAAAAGUCGAGCAGGUUCCGUAUGCAGAUCCUGCUCCGGCUUUUUCAUCUGGCAACGGACGAAGCAACGGACGACAGGGUGAAUCCAAAGCGACUCAUAAACGAGUCCAUUUCAAACAAGGCCCCCCUGAAGGAACGAUUCCUAGUAGCCAAGUGUUUAGACCUACGAAUCUAGCUGUCAUUACUGAGGUCGAUACUAUAACCCGCGAUGAUCUUGACAGACCAGACUCCAACAAGACCGCUGUGGAUAGUAGCGCUCACCCCAUCGAUGUAGAACAAUCUACAGAAGGUGUCCCUAUCGUCCGACUUCCCCCUCCUAUCAACAAAACUGUCGCUGGCUCGAAAGCAGCUAUGAACGCAGGUACAAAGGCUCGAGAUAGUUCUAAGAAACCUGCAAGCGUUUGUUCUCCUAUAGCAAACACUUCUCGAGCUACUCAGGAUACGUCCAAGUCAUCCGAUCGAGACGACGGAUGGACUCAGGUACAGACCAAGAGAGUGUCUUCCAAAGACAAAUGGAAGAAGAGACAGGCGGCAAAGAAACAAGCAGCAAAGAAGCGGGCAUCAGAGGAAAAGGCGUUUAAGAAGAAAGUCACCGAUGUGACCACAGCUGUCUCACCAGGCCAAAGUAUGUCCCCUGGUACUAAGCCAUCUACCAAGGCAAAGGUAGCUCUGAGCAGUGGUCACAAACCGAAGCCUAUCAAGAGGCCUCAUGGGACUGUCAUCGGGUCAGCUUCCAAGUUUUCACAGAAGCCUAACCCACAGAAAGAUCAAUCUGCUAAAGAGGACGAACGGGUUACCGCGGUCGUCACAGAAGUUCCUGUCAAUGAGGCAGUUGAACCUAAGCCCUGGCCCCAUGCUCAGGGCCAGACGCAGCCUGUGAGCUUAGCAGCUGACUGA